GUUCAAACAAUAAACAAACAAAACACAUAAAUAAAUUAAAAUAAAAAGAAAGAAGCAAAACAAACACAAUAUAUUCAAAGAUAUAUUGAUAAUAUAAUUUAAAAUAAGCUAAGAAGAAUCAAAAAUUAAAAACAUAAAAGGAAGAUAGACCUCUUAUAAAAUACAUAUAUAAUUAAAAAAUCAUCCUUUAUAAGUAAUUAGAGUCAAACAAAAGAUAACUACAUGAGUUUAGAGAAUUCUCAGAUGCAAUAACCAGCUGAUCUUGGUUCAGAAGCAUCUUUUGGGCAAGAAAAUAUAUCAAGAGAUCUUCCUCAUGAUCCAAAUGAUAUAUAAAGCUAUCUAAGAAGCCUCAAAGAGAAACAUAUGGUUUAGAUUGAAAGAGUCUUCCAAAAUCACCAUUAGAGACUUGAAGAUAGCGAAAGAGAAAUAAGCAAUUCAAUGAGGGAAAUAUAAAUUCAAUAGAUAAAACGCAAGCAACAAUAGGAAGAGUAUUUAUAGUAAGCAGAAAAGGCACGCUAGGAAGAGGAUAAUUUAAGAAGAAUUCUAAGCAUCAAGCCACAAACAGUUGAAGAAAUCAAAGAAAAAGUUAAACUUUAAAUGCAGCUUUAGCAAAAAGUUUCAUCGUAAUAAAAUAUUAGUUUUUCAUAGAAUUAAAUGCACUAACUUUCUCAGUAAGCAUCUAAAUCUCCUCAAUCAAAUGUAAAUCGCAAAACUCCUAUCUCUAAUAAAUCUGCUGGUGGAGGUAAGAAGAAAGGUACACUUUGGUUUUAUGAGAACAGAGAAAAGGCAGAAUAUGAAUACGCCCUAAGGGACUAUUUAAGAGAGAAAGAGAAAAAGAAAUCAAUAACUCCUGCAACUCCAAAAACAUUUUAGCCAAUUAUAAUCAGACCUGAAGAAAGAAAGUUAUAUGAUAAGGUGAAAGAAAACGAAGACUAUGAAAUAAUGACUCCUUGUUCAGAUGAUCUUUCAAAUUAUGCUUUUGAAACAGGAAAUGAUAUCAUGGCUAACUUUUAAUCAAUAUUUGAAAAUUCAGAUAAAUAAAGCAAAAAGCAGAAAAAACGUUACAGAGUCAAAGAUUUCAAAGACGAUGAACUUUUCUUGAUUGCUUAUUUCUUUUCCAAGAUUCCCUAGCACACUGUUGAAGGAGAUGAUGAAGAGGGAGAUUUUGUUACUAAGGAAGAUUUUGAGUAAGCUUUGAUGAAUAAAAGGGAAAUACUUUUACUUUAUAAUAUAAAGCCUGAAGAUUUGCAUAAGGAAUUGCUGAGACUUUCAACUAAAAAGGCAGGAUAUGUAAGCUUAAAAGAAGCUGGAGAGUUUUUAAUGAGAGAUAGACAAUCUUUAAGCAUGGAACAUUAUGAAAAUAUUUAAAAACUAAAGCAAGAUGAGAGAAAAGAGACUCUUACUGUAGCUUAGUCAUUAUUAACAGAAGAGCAAGUUAAUAUUUUGAGAGAUAUAUUCUUAGAUAUUGAUACUUUUGGUGAAUGCAAAGUUUCGUUAAAGCAAAUGAUUUCCAAAGUAAAAACUGAUCAUAGAACCAGGGAUUGGAUUGAAAAACCUAUUGCAUUUAUAAAGCAAGUAGACAGAACUAUUUUGAUGGAAGACCUUUUCAGUGAAUUAGAAUAAUGGAUGUCCUUAGGCAAAGAAGCUGAAAGAAGAUAAAAAGAAUAUGUAGACUGGGAUACUAUUAAAGAGUUAUUUGUAAACUAUAAAAGAAAAGAUAUUCCUUCUAGAGAUAAAGUAUUUGCAGCUCAGAGACUUCUAGGAAGAUAUGACUUUGGUGAUACAAUCGAAAUUCCUAAGGAUUUCUUGCAAGUUAUUAAGAGCACUUUUGAGAACCUUCCUAAAUAUGCCUAAUACUAUGUUAAUACUAAUGAUUUCAUUGAAGAAUUAAUCAACAACAAACAAUAUACAUUCUUUAAAACAAAAUUCGUAAGAAGCAAGAAGUAUAUUGAUUUAGAAAUUGAAACUGUUGAUGAUGUACUUAAAAGAAUGUCUCAAGAAUGCGAUAUAUAUCAUACUUAAGACGAAAUUCUUGACUUCUUUUCUAGAAAAGGACGUCCAAGAUAUUUGGCUAGAAGAAUAAAGCAAUAAAAGCACAAAAAAAUAUUGAUGAAAAAGGUAGAGAAGUAGGAAGUAUAAGAAAACCAAAAAGAGGAAUCGGAUGAUAGUUUUGAAAUCGACAGAUCCGAAAUCAGGGAAAAAAGAAAGCAGAGAAAGGUUGCUAAGAUAUUACAAGGAACAGAAGAAGAUGUUUAAAAGCAAUUAGAAAAGAAUUAGUUUAUGUAACAAAAGAAUUUCGGUGCUUAGUUUAAAUCUGAAGAUGAUGAUUUCAUAAUCACUGUACCAUAGCCCUUCAGGUUUGAUAGCAGAGAUAAGCAAAAAUAAAAAAGCAUACGUCAAAGAAGACUUGAAGAAAUGCUUCAAGAAAAGCAAGAUAUUGAGGAUUAUUAUGUCUCAACAGCUACUGCAUUCAGAGCUAAUAAAAUUCCAAAUCAUAUUAAAGAUAGACAUCUAUGGGAAAAAAUAUAGCAAAAGAAUGAAUAGAGAAGAUAGAUUGUCAAGAAAGAAUCUAAAGCCAUGACUUUGGCUAGAGAGAAUCCAUUUACUUUCUACUAUCGUGAUUUGUAAAAAGUAAUGGAAAGAAAGAACUUUUAACCUGAAUACAAAUUCACACACUUCAAAGCUAAGCAUGCCCCAUGGUAUUGCAGAGUUAGAUUAUUUGAUAGAUUGAUGGAAAAGUAAAGGGAAAAAAGCAGAUAAAAUGUUGAAAAAAGAAAAGCUGAACUUAUGAAGGGAAGUAAGUUACCUGAAGGAGUCAAGAGUAUGCUCUAAAGAUUGAAAGUUAAAGAUUAGAUCACAGAAGAAAAAAGAAGAAACCGUCUUCUUGAAUAUUCCUUCUAACCACCCAGAGCUAAAAGUGUUCCUGACUUUGCUACUCUUUAAAAAGAUUUUGAAGAAAAGUUGAGCUAGAAGAAAGGGGAAUUCCAACCAACUAUUCCUGCUCCUUUCAAUUUCUAAGAAACAAGAAAAGCACCUAAGAGAGAUUAUUUAGACAAAGAAAACGAAUUAGUUAAGAAAACUAAGGAAGCUAGCUAAUAAGUUGUUAGAGAAAAGAAACUCAAGAGAAUCUUGACCAUGAAAGUUAAAUAUCAGCCACCUUCAACUAAGAAGUUUGAAGCUUUGGUUGCUAAAAAGAGAUUUGAAUAAGAAGUAAGACAAUAUUAAAAAGAAGUUACUUAGUCAAGAGAGUAAGAUAAAAAUGAAAGAAGAAAGAAGUUUGCAGAGUUUGUCAAUAGCUGUAUUAACAAUGUUAAUUAUUCAGAAUAUGCAAACUAGCUCAGACAGCAAAAAUAUCAAGAAAGAGAAAAUCGCAUGAUCGAAAAAAUAUAAUGGGAAUAAUAAUUUGACCAAAAAAUGACAGAAAUGAUGCAAAACGUUAUUCGCCGUCCUCUUCUUAUCGAAUAAGUCUCAUAAAGUGCAUUCACUUCUGGAAGAGCUUAAAGAUUGAGAUAAAUUCUUGGUGAAGGUGCUCCCAUUUAAGAAGAAUCUGAGCAUUAUGAAGACGAAGACGAAUUGAUAAUUCCAAACUUUGAUUAAAUGACUUAAGCUUAGCUAUACAAUUACUUAGAUCCUAGCUAAGUUCACCCUUAAACACUAGAAAUUAGAAAAUAAUUAUACACUUAGUACAUAUAAAAGAAACAAAUGCCAAAUAUCAAUGAAAUGGACGAAGAGGAUGAAGAUUAGCAUACAUAUCAAAAUAACUAAGAAGAAUAUGAGCACGAAGGAGAAGAAAUUAAUCCUUAAGGAUAACAUGAAGAUGAAGAAGAAAGAGAUAAUGAGGCAGUCAACAAAAUGAAUCAAUAAUAUUAAAUACAAGAAGAAUAUCAAUAAUAUUCUAAAGACGCUUAGCAUGAAGCAGGAGAAGAUGAUGAAGAAGAUGAUUUCCAUAAUAAUUAAGAACUAAUAGAGUAGUAAAAAUAAGUUUAGCAAAUUUAAUAAUAAUAAAUGGAUGACGAUGAAGAUGAGGACUAUGAAAUCGAUGCUGGUGGAUAGCCUGGCAGCUCUGAUGACUAUGAAAAGAUAUAUCCUUAAUAUUAAUAGUAACAAAAAUUAUAGUAAUAAUAAUAAUAAUAAUAGCAAUAAGCUUAAAAGGGAAGCAAGAAUGCUUCUGUAGAUAUUAAGCAGUAACAAUAAUCAAACUCAUUUAACAAGGUUAAUUAGUCAAACUCCUCUUCAAAGGCAGCUUCUAAUUAAGCUUCAGGUAUUCCUUAACAAAAUGCUGGAUAUCCUUAACUUAACAAUAAGAAUCAAAAUGAAGAUGAAGAUGAAGAAGACUUUGAUGAAGAUUAAGAAUAAAUUUAUGAUGAAAAUGGUUAACCUAUUCCUCCCGAGCUGUUGAAGGAAUACCAAGAACAGAUUCGUCGUAUGUAAGAACAAGGUGAUUAUGACGAAGAAUAUGAUGAGGAUGACGAUGAUGAUGAAUAUGAUGAGAAUGCUUAAUAUUUUGAUGAAAAUGGUAAACUAAUACCUAUAGAACUUGUUAAAUAAAUUAAAGAAGAACGCAAAGCUUAAAAAUAAUUAUAAUAGUAGGCUUAUGCAGCUGGAUCUGACUAAUAAAAAGGUAAAAGCUCUCCUGGAGAUACAGAUUCUAAGAGAAGCUCUUAAUAACCUUCAGUCAGUAAACAAUAAUAAGCUUAAUAGCAGCCUUAAUAGGCUAGAGCAGAAGAAUAGAGCGCUGGAAAACCAGCUGCUGCUCCUUCACAGCCACCUUAAUAAUAACAGCAAAAUAAUUAACCAAGCUAAAAAGAUCAAGCUAAAAAUUAAAACAAUAAUCAAAUAAAAUUAAAUGAGCAAGACUAUGAUGAUGACGAAUAAAUAAAUGAAGAAGAUCUUCUUGACUAAGAUGCUUAAUAUGUAGAUGAAGAUGGCAAUCCUUUAUCAGCAGAGUAAGUAGCAUAGUAUUUAAAACAUCAGAAAAUGCAAUAAGCAAUGGAAGAUGAUCCUCAAGAUGCUGAAUAUUAUGAUGAGGAUGGUAAUCUUUUGACACCUGAAGAAGUUGCUGAAUUCAUGAGGUAGUAAAAGCUAAUGGCUCAAUAGGAUUAAAUGGGAAUGCAUGAUCCUGAUGAUCCUGAAGAGGCAGAAUAUAUUGAUGAGGAUGGAAAUCCUUUAACUCGUGAAGAAGUAGCAGAAAUUUUGAGAGAGUAAAAAAUGAGAGGUAUGCAACAUGCAAACGAAGAAGGAGAGCAUGAAGAUUUCGAUGAAAAUCAUGGAGAUUCUAAAAAUGAUAAGCAAAGAGAAUAUGAUGAUGAAGAAUUCGAUGAAGAUGAAGAGGAAUACGUAGACCAACAUGGAAAUCCAAUUGAUCCUGAAAAAAUUAAAUAGCUUAAAUAAUAAGAAGCUGCUGCUGCUGCCACAGCAAAUUUAGUUUAGAAAUAGACAUAGCCCUAGUCUGAAUCUAAAGAAAAACCUUAAGAAAAUAAAAGUAUUCCUGAAAAAGACUAACAAAAAGGAGCAACUAAAUUACAAAAUGUAGAAAAAGAUGAUGAGGAAUAUGGAGAAUAUGAUGAUGAAGAUUAAUUCGAAUAGCAAUUCGAAUCUGAGGAGGAAUAUAUAAAUUACCUUGUAUAAACAGAAUUAAAAAAAUAAUUAGCAGCAGGCAAAAAGGUAACAGAGCAAGAAAUCAGAUAAAUGAUAGAGGAAUAGAUUAUGAUGGAGCAAUAAGAACAUGAUUAGAUGGAAGCAAUGGAUGAAGAGUAAAUAGAAGCUAUGGAUGAGCAAUUAGAAGAAAUAAUAGCUUAAAUGUCCCCAGAAGAUUUAGCUAACUUUGUGGAUGAUAAUGGAUAGACUCUUCCUAAAGAUUAAAUUAAAUAUAUCUUGAUGUAAUAACACCUUUAAGGGUAUGAUGAUGAAGACGAAGAAGAAGAAUACUAACAACAAAUGUAGAUGAGAGCAGCCUAGUAAAAAGGAGGCUCUUAAAAAGAUGCUCAUAAUAGCAGCUUCUGA